AAGAGUGUCAUCAAAGACCUUCAGCCAACAAGAGGAGAGUUUUCAGUCUCAUUGUGUUCGGACUCUUUUGCCAAACAAGAUGCUGCGGAGAAUCAUCCUGAUUACCCUGCUGAUAUCCUCAGUUUGUGCCCUUCACUGGGAAAUGCACAAAGAAGCUUCCAUUGGAAAUGGAUUUGAAGAAAGCUCUGGUGAGAUAGAAACAGAACAACUCCCUGGAAAGUGCUGGGCUUGCAAGUGGGUGAUGAAGAAACUGAAAAAACAGCUCUCCAAUGGAGCCACUCCGGACGACAUAAAAAAUAAGCUGGGGACGAUCUGUGAUGAGAUUGGAUUCCUUAAGUCAGUGUGUAGGAAGUUAGUGAACCAGUUCACGGACAUUCUGGUUGAAGAACUUUCAACCACUGAUGAUGCCGGAACCAUCUGUGCUAAUAUUGGUGUUUGCAAGAAACAGGCAUGGAGUUAAUGAGUUUAUAAAAGUUUAAAAAUCAUAUUUGAUAAAUAAAAAAAAAAUGCAUAAGGCUUUUUUGUUUUUUUGUUUGUUUCCGAAAGGCUUCCCCCCCUGAGUUACUAUUGUUCUAAACCCAGUUUGUAACCCCGGGUAUGGAACGUUUCACAGUUCUAAUUUAGAAGCAUGGUACACUCAACUAAAAAACAAAAAAUAAAUGUGUUAAAGAAACUUUAAUGUUGUGUGACAUGAUACUUUUACAAAUAAAGGAUGAUUCAAU